GUGAAGGCUUACGAUUAUGUAUGAUAGCAAAAGACGAAAGAAAAUUGGAUCGUUUUGUUCAAGCUCAGUUGCAUGCUUGAGUUUAUUUCGAUAAACGUUCUGGUUGUUGAAAUAGUUUUGGUCUUUUUUAUCUGUAAUAUCAAAACUUAAAAACAAAUUUAGACUCUCGUUUCAUUAAGGCGGUUUAUCUGCAGAAAAAAAAAUCAGCCAUAUUUUGUGAAAUAUACGGAAACUCAAUUCCAUUUAGACUCGGGAGUUUGACAUUAGCAUGGAGGGAUUACAAGCGUUUGUCGACAAAUCUUUCGAAGGACAUGACGCGAAAUUCGCCCCUAAGUCAUCACCGUCGUCGUCCACCGCUUCAUCCACUGUUCGAGGAAGACCCCUUGCUAGCAUCCAGAAGUGCAGCGCGUGGUUGAGUCUCAUCGGCAACACAUCAGGCACGCUCGCCUCGACCUCGGGCCCAUGUCCGACGCAGCGCAAGGGUCGACAUGCGACCACGAGCAGCGGUAUGUCACCGUCCACGACGCUGGCAUCUUUUCUCCCCCGAAGCCGCGGGCUGACAGGGUUUGGCCAGUCGCUGGGAAGUCCACCGAAACUGUGUUCGCCACGACAGGGAGUUGCUUUGAGUGAUACGGCAGUGCUACGGGGAAGUGACGCGACGCUAGCCCAUCAGGGACUCAAGCCAGUUCCGCUGACCGUCCGAAAAAGACAUGUUGACUGCACUCUCGAAGAAAAACAUCCCAAGAGACCAAAGACAGACGAAAAUGGUGAUGAUGAAACAAUGUCUAAAGACCACGUUUCACCGAAUGACAGUUAUGACAGUGUAGCUAUUGUUACGUCAGACACCAAUCGGGCAGACGGCAGAGUACUCGUCAAAGAUAACGAUGUCACACUUCCCGCCGAUACCCUGUCUCCGAACCUUCCACGAUCCAACCCCAAAACACUUUCGAAUCUACCUACUCCUCUCUCCGUCACCAGACGGUCGCCUGAAUGCUUGUCCAACUUUGACGAUGUAUCAAUUCCCGUAACGAUCAACAUCAACAACGGCGUCAGCCCACUCGAUAGAGCAGGAAGUGACGUCGGUUGCGAUUCUCCAACCUCACACAACUCUGACGAUCGUUGCGAUUCGAUAUCGCCGCCGGAUGUAAUGGCAUCGUCUGCAGAUGUGUCGGCUUCCGGUAUUUUGUCUACCGUUAACCCGUCGUCAUCGGCUGCGGCUGCGGCGGCGGGGAAGUUGAAGCAGCGACGGAGCAGGACGAAUUUCACGGCGGAGCAGUUGAGCGAGCUGGAGAAAUUAUUCGAUGAGACGCAUUAUCCAGAUGCGUUCAUGAGAGAGGAGUUGAGCAGGAAGCUAUGCCUCUCAGAGGCAAGAGUGCAGGUGUGGUUCCAGAAUCGACGGGCAAAAUGUCGGAAGCAAGAAAACCAUAACGGUACUCCUGUUGGUAGCAGCGCAUCAGUCGACACUUGUCGGGUAGCUCCGUAUCUUAGCAUGGGGUCCCUUCGAAUGCCGUUCGAACGCGUCCAAGAACAACUUCAACUCAACAUCAAAUCCCCCUCCGCGCCUUCCGCCUCCUCCCCGUCCUCCAUCGCCUCUCCCCUCUCGCCCCACCGGACCAUCCCCGCGACCGCGGCACACCAUGCCCCGUUCCCGCCGCCAUCCUUACUGGCUCACGCACCGCCGUUCAUGUUCUUUCCACCGCCUCCCUACGCCUUCCCGCUCGCCACGCUUAUGGGGUCGAUGCUGGCUCGAGGGGCGUCGGUGACCAGUUCGAGCAAGAGUUCGAGUAUUGCUGAUCUCAGGCUGAAGGCUCGCCAGCAUGCCGCCGCUCUCGGGCUUCAGGCUUUCAUCACACCGUAGCUCUUACAACAAGCUAAAGUAACAUCACCGUCAUCGUAUGACCAUCUCAACUUACUGUUUUAGUAUAUUAUGGUAGAAAAGACACUGAAAUAUCAUAAAUCAGGAGCUUUAGAUUGAUACAACGAUAGGUCGGGCAAUCGUAACUGUCAAUAAUGGUCAUCAUAAUCAAUCUGCAAAUGUUCUGUG